CUAUUGUUCACUUGUUCCCUAAGUCGUUUACACGUUUCUGUAAACUGAACAAUUUCGCUCCCUGCAGUUUGGAAUCGCACUUAACAUGGCUGACCACUCUGUGCGGGACACUCUGCAGGGAACAACAAGCCGUUCGGGACGCAGCCGUUGAUUUGUAUUAACGCAGUAGCAAACGGGGUUCGUUAAAGAAGAUUUUAAUAAAUAAGAAAUCGGUGUGUGUUGAAGAGAUGGAGAAUGAAAGAUCGACGGCGGAGGAGAGAGGAGUGAGCGCGGCGCAGAGGCGAGCGGAAAUCCGCCGCAGGAAACUCUUAAUGAAUUCCGAGCAGAGAAUGAACAGAAUUGUGGGGUUUAAUAAAAACGACGGAGAAAAGAGCGAACACCAUCGUGUUAAAGAACCACAGUUCCACCUAGACUUGGACAGGAACGAGUGUUUCUCCUCCUCGUUGUCUACUAAAAGAGUGUCUCCGUAUGUCUCGGAGGUUCGGAGUGAGGGAUCGAUUUUAGACGAGAGGAAGGAGGAGGAUGUGGAGGAAACCGAGCGAGGAGUUCGGCUCAGGCCAAGGGGGGAGACGUCGAGUGAAGAGCGCUCUUGUUCUCCUCGCAGGGGUUUAAACACCUACCUGUCUCGCUUUGAUGAUGCGAUGAAGCUGCGUGGUCAACUGGCCAACGAGAAGGCGUCACAGGAGAACGGCGCAGAGGUGGAAGAGUUCGACUCGUUUCGGCUUUUCCGGCUGCUUGGCAGUGUGGUGUUAGCCGUGUGUGUGCGCGUGUUUGUCUGCCACUACCUGUCUAUAUUUGCACCCUUUCUCACACUGGAGCUUGCCUACAUGGGGUUGUACAAAUACUUCCCAAAGGUGGAGAGGAAGAUGAAGACGACGGUGCUGUCUGCAGCGCUGCUUCUCUCAGGGAUUCCAGCUGAAGUGAUCAAUCGCUCAGCAGAAACCUACAGGACGAUGGGAGACGUUUUCUCCGAUCUCUGUGUUUAUUUUUUCACCUUCAUCACCUGUCAUGAGAUCAUCACUGCUUUCUCCUAACAGUUCACUUAAAGAACAUACACUCACACAUCAGUGUGUUUAUUCCACUUUGCUGCAGUAUUCCAACUAGUUUCCCCUUGGUUAAGUCUCCUAGUCAUUUUAAGUGCUGCUCUAUUGCCAGUUGAAGCAGUUUACAAAGGAACAGGUAAAAUUUUAUCCCUCCAUCUUUCCUGCUAGUAGAAGAGCACUACUGGUCAGUGCUAACAAAUUAGCAGCCUAGCUAUUUAGCAUGAGAGCUAGUCAGCAAACUGUACAGAAAUUGUGUGCGCAUGUGUUUGAGUCAUAGUUCUCGCCGCACUGUGUGUGCGUAAUAUUACAGGGGUUAGUCAAAUAUUAUCCACGCUCCAGUUAUGUUAAAACUUCUGUUGGCCGCACUGUUUUAACAGCACUUUCCGUUUUACUUCUGCUACUGUCUCCCCAGUCAUUACUGUGCAGGUGUAAACGUGUGACAUCAGUUCAUUCAGUCAGUUAAUUUAACUGUGGUGCGAGCAAAAAUUAGUCAACCAUUUGUGAUUUGCCCAAAAGAGGUGCAGUGUUUCUUCUAUUUCUCUGUAUUAUAUAUUUUUUGUGGUCUGAGCAUUUGCCUGGUACUAUUACUUACUGGAAACUUUGUUCGCAGUACAGAGAAAAUAUUUUGUUAAGAUGUGUGUGUAAAGAGAAGUUCAAUAAAGGUCACAUAAGUGUUAGCCAUCAAGAAGGAGGUGAACAUUUAUCACUACAAGCUUUAGAGUAAAUGGCAUGGAAUGGAAAUGUCCUCGUUCACCAACUAAGCAAAAAUCGUCCACGUCCACACACUUCUGCUCACACUGUCGACAUACUGCAAAAACUUUUGUUUACAGGUGUUAAGGCAUCCUUACUAUAGUUCUGAUCUUGCUUCAUCAAACUUUCAGCUGUUUGGUCCCCUGAAAGCAGCCCUGUGAGACAAUGAUUCACUUUUUAAGUAGAAGAGAAGACAGCAUUGCAUUUUUUUUUUAUCAUGGAAUAUGAAAGCUCGUUGGAAAAUGGACAAAGAAUAUUGGAGAGCAAGGAGAUUAUGUUAAAAAAUAUAUUUAUUUGUCUUUUCAAAAAAAAUAGUUAAAUCAAUUCUACAGCCAAAGUGUGGAUAAUUUUAGACUCGCUCUUGUAUGUUCCUGUUUAUCAUCCCUACACAUCGCGCACUACACAGUUCCCCUUAGGCUUAAAUUGCUUAAGUGUUAUUGGGGAGAAAAUAGCAGUGUUGGUGAGAUAAACAGUUAAGUGUCAUUGUGUUUUGAUCCUUAUUGUGUUGCUGGCUUAUUAGUAAUGUGAACAAUUUGUUUAAGUUUCUUUUAAAAAAAACUUGAUUAAUAUUAUUUAUGCUGCUUUCUUUUAUGUAAUUAUUCCGUAAAACAAAUUCUGCUACCUGUUACUGCAAAAUUACUGUUCAUUACAAGAUGUGUAAACAAUAAACUUCAGUAAACAGUCA